GUGAGCCUUACAUCGACGACGACAACGCCGACGACGACGACAUCGUGUACUCGUGCUGACCAUCGCCUCUCUCUCCCCCUCGACGCUACUUGAAACUCUCGCUUCGCCCUCACAGAUGGUCAAGAUCUACAAGCCCGGAAAGGUCGCCGUUGUCCUCUCUGGCCGUCAGGCCGGCAAGAAGGUUGUCGUCAUCCAGCAGCGUGACGAGGGCACCAAGGAGCGCCCCUACCCCCACGCCAUCGUUGCCGGCAUCGAGCGUUACCCCUUGAAGGUUACCAAGUCGAUGGGCAAGAAGAAGGUUGCCAAGAGGAGCAAGGUCAAGCCUUUCAUCAAGGUCGUCAACUACGCCCACCUCCUCCCCACCCGCUACGUCCUCGAGCUCGAGAACCUCAAGGGUGCCGUCACCAACGACACCUUCAAGGAGCCUACCCAGCGUGAGGAGUCGAAGAAGGCCAUCAAGAAGGCCUUCGAGGAGCGCUACGCCAAGGGCUCCAACCGCUGGUUCUUCUCCAAGCUCCGCUUCUAAGCUUUGCGCGUACAUGUCGUCGUGCUAGAGCAGAGGGGCUGAGUGAGAGGGAUAGGUUGAUGUACCAGAUCGUAGGAUGCGAUCACACCUGCAUACCAUGGGCGCUGGGCGUUGUCCCGCUGCUGCGCGUUGACUCUGGCGUUGAUUCUCGUGUGCUCGCUCGACUUUGUGUGCCAAGUUGCAAUUUUCCAGUUCUGAGCGGGAGCAAAUGCGUCAACUAUCUUAGGGUUGUGAGGCGCGUCAGUGGUGGCCGAGGAAGCCGAGGAUUGCAGCAUCACACGAAGCAUGAAGCCUAUACCAAACUACCAGUUUCACAAUGCAUGAG